GGUCCCUCCCCCCUCCUCUGUGUUUAAAGCGCGCUCUCGGACAUCCAAGCGCUCAAAGUGAGACAGAUGUCAAGCGGACUUCACUGAGGGCUCCACCUGUUUCUAAGGCUGCUGUGGCCAUGAACACUCUUCCUGAAAAAGGAUGACAUCUAAAUGUCAGUCUUCAGAUGUCCUGUCGCAAAACCUGACUGCUGGAACCAUGAUGUGGGAGUCGAACCUCUCCAAAUCUUCACAGGACGGCGUUGGCAAAAGCGCCAGCUGUGGCUCUGUGUCCGUGUUUUUUCCCAUCACUAUGAUGGUCACGGGAAUGGUCGGAAACUCUCUCGCGAUGCUCCUAGUUUAUAGUGCAUACAGAAAAAAAGAAAAUAAAAGAAAGAAAUCGUUUCUGCUUUGCAUCGGCUCUUUGGCGUUAACUGAUCUUUUCGGGCAACUGCUCACAAGUCCGAUUGUCAUUUCGGUGUACAGAGCAGAUCUGAAAUGGAAACGCGUGGACCCUUCGGGAACUCUGUGCGCUUUCUUUGGGGUGUGCAUGACCACUUUUGGCUUGUGUCCGCUCUUUUUAGCCAGUGCCAUGGCCAUUGAGAGGGCCUUGGCCAUCACUGCUCCUCACUGGUACUCACAAUACAUGAAUACCAACGUGACCAAGCAGGUUAUGGUCAUCAUCUGGUUCCUGGUUUUGCUGUUUGCCUUAUUGCCCAUCGCUGGCGUUGGAAAGUAUACUUUACAGUGGCCAGGAACUUGGUGCUUCAUAACUACAGGUGACAAGGACGUUACGGGAAAUACAUUUUUUGCCACGACUUUUGCGGCAUUGGGGAUAUUUUCUUUGCUGGUCACGUUGUCGUGUAAUGUUGUGACCAUCCGUGCUUUGGUUACACGUUUCAAAACGAAGGCAACUUCGACCCAUUCAUCCAAGCAAUGGGAGAGGUUAACAACAGAGACUGUUAUUCAGUUGAUGGGCAUUAUGUGUGUGCUGUUGACAUGCUGGUCACCUCUACUGGUCCUUAUGUUAAAGAUGAUCUCUACCCACACAUCCUCGCAUCAGUGCAAUUCUGCUGCUGCUGUAUCUCUCUCAUCCCAGGACUUACAGAUGGACUGUAACUUCUUUCUCACAGCCAUACGCCUGGCCUCGCUCAAUCAGAUUCUGGAUCCAUGGGUUUACCUGCUCCUGAGAGAGAUUCUUCUGAGGAAGUUCUGCCAGGUGGCCAGCGCAGUAUCCAAGUGCUCACUGGAUGUGCAGAAGGAAACCCAGUGUCCUCUAGACACCCUAAAUAAAAAGGCCAUUCAGAAUGAUAAUGUUCACAAACAGUCCCUUAACAUGGAGAACAGUAACUUGAAUGGGGGAAAUGAGGAACAGUGACUUGAUAGUGGUACAAAAAUGGCACCCACGGUCAGAAUAAUAAUGAGCUCAAAUUUUGAAGAUGUAUUUGUGUUGUAUUGAUGUAGGGUGAUGUCAGCAUGCUACAAUGCAAAUGCGUCACACUUGUGUUGUUUUCAGUCAAAGAGAUUUUGUUCAUGGUUUCUAAGCAACCUUUGAAAUGUAACAAAAUGCCAAGACCUUAAAAUGAUUACAUAUGCAGGGUUCCCACACUGUCAUGGAAUGACAGAGUGAUAAUCUGAAAAUAUCACGCUUUUUACAAAUGGAAAUGAAUUGUUCGAAAGGUGUGGGAAUCCUGCAUAUACAAAAGCAAUAUUAGCAACAAAAUAGAUUUGGAUAAACAAAAGUGAAAUCAUAAACUGAAGUUUGCCAGCUCCCAUGGAGACAGAUUAUUUUAGACUACAUUUGGUGUUGUUACUAUAUAGCAAAAUCCUAUUAUUCACCUGCCAACUGCUAGUAAAUAAUGAAGGAAUAUUUCUUGAUGCUAAUUUAUGAUCUGUUAUAUAACAUUUCAGAGCUGUUUAUUGUGCAGUACAGCACUGAAUGGUCUCAAAUAUUUUUCUCUAUACUCCUCAUCCUCAUAGCUCUAUUCCAAGUGUGCAGAGCUCUUUUGAUGCUGAUAACUGUAACAUUGAGCACAUUUAAUUGAAUUCCAUGCUUGAGUUUUUCAUUAGAUUCCUGGGGGAAGUAAAUGUAAAAGUGCAAACUAAUUUAAUAGUUUAGUGAGACACUUUCUGACCUUGGAACAGUCCA